UAAUCGCCCAUCUCUAGUUCAGUCAAUAAGGUUACGUAAAAGUGUGCACUACAAUUGCUAUUCAUCAAGGUGACCCAAUACAUUUCUUUUUUUUGUGUUGUUUGUAAAUUAAAUUUGAUUUUCUAAUUGUAUUUUGUUAUAAAAUGGCACGACGAGGAAGAAGCGCAUCUCCAGGAAGAUCCUCACCAAUGGGUCGAAGAAGUACUCCAAUGGCUGCUCCCCCUCAAAGAGCACCAGUUCCUGCUGCUCCAGCACCAGCUCAGGUUGGAAUGCCUAUGCAACAAGGUCCUGGUCUUAUGGCUCAAAUGGCUGCCACUGCUGGUGGAGUAGCUAUUGGUUCUGCUGUUGGUCAUACCGUAGGCCAUGCUCUCACAGGUGCAUUCUCCGGUGGAAAUGAUGUUGCCCCAGCUCAAGAAGCUGCUCCUCAACAACAAUACCAACCAGCACAGCAACAACAACAACAAACACCUUGUUCAUUGGAGCUCCGACAAUUCCUCAACUGUACUCAGGAGCAAUCAGACAUUUCCUUGUGUGAAGGUUUUAACCAAGUUCUCAAGGACUGUCGUAUGCGAUAUGGCUCUCAACCCAACUAUCAGUAGUUUGGACCUUUAUUUGAUCUAAUCUUGUUAAUCAAAUUAGCAUAGUAAAAGAAUUUAUUUAAACACUGCAAUCCUAUUAUUUCUUGUUAGUCUUUCUAAAACAUUAAAUGCGUCGUAAUUUUUUAGCUAUUA